AUGCUGAGAUUUGGGCAGCACCUCAUCAAGCCAUCCGUGGUCUUCCUGAAGACUGAGCUCUCCUUUGCUCUCGUGAACCGGAAGCCGGUGGUCCCAGGGCAUGUCCUUGUUUGUCCUCUACGGCCAGUGGAGCGUUUCCGUGACUUGUGUCCUGAGGAAGUGGCCGAUUUAUUUCGUACGGUGCAAAGGGUUGGCAAUGUGGUGGAGAAACACUUCUGCGGCACCUCGCUCACCAUUUCAAUUCAGGAUGGCCCUGAAGCUGGACAAACAGUGAAGGUGAGUGCUUAUUGUGCAGAAUACAGAUUAAGAGACAAUUAG